CUUGACUAACCGGUAUUUCUUUUAGUAAUGAUAAGCGCUAUGAACAGCCAAUACUUGCAUGAAUACGAUUCUGAUAGAUACAAGAGGAAGCACAGGAAGCAGGAGAAGAAUUCAUCCUCCAGCAGAAAGAGACGGAGGUCCACAUCUCCGCGGAGAUCUUCAAAGAGGACAUCUCGUGAUCAUGACAAACACCGAAAUAAGAGAAGAAGUAAAUCGCCAAGAGAGGUUGAUUCAGAGGGACAUUUGAAAUUCAGGAAUGGUGACUGCAUUGGAGGCAAAUACGAAAUUGUUGAAAACUUAGGCGAGGGGACUUUCGGCAAAGUAGUCAAGUGUGUUAAGAGAGGUCACAAAACGGCUGUCGCGGUUAAGAUCGUGAAAGGUAUCGAUAGAUAUACCGAUGCUGCUAAAAUUGAAGUUAAGAUCUUGCAGAAAUUACGGGAUCACGAUCCUUAUGAUGAGAGUGGGUGUAUACACAUGCUUGAUUGGUUCGAACAUCAUCGACACAUUUGUAUCGUGUUCCAACUCAUGGGACUAUCAGUUUAUGACCAUAUGAAACAGAGUGGAUACAAACCUUUCAAUGUAGAUGCUGUCAGAGCAAUGUCUUACCAACUCCUCAGAUCCACCCGCUUUAUGCACGACAUGAAGCUGACACACACUGACUUGAAACCAGAGAAUAUGUUGUUCAAAUACAAACUUCUACCGAGCAUUGAACCUAAUGACGGUCAGGAGGCAGACAUUUCUCUUAUCGACUUCGGAUCUGCAACUUUCGAACAUGAGCAUCACUCUGGUACAGUAUCGACAAGACACUACCGAGCUCCUGAAGUAAUCUUAGAACACCAAUGGUCGCACGCAUGUGACCUCUGGAGCAUUGGGUGCAUUAUGUUCGAAUUGCUGACAGGAGUAACAAUGUUCCAGACUCACAGCAACUUUGAGCACCUCUGUAUGAUGCAGCACAUUCUGGGACCGAUCCCUAAGUGCCUUCUUGAAGGAAGCAAGAAACUCAAAUACUUCAACGAUUCUUCCCUCGUUAAUUUGGAUUGGAGUUCAGGAGAAGGACAGUACAUUAUCAGCAAUUGCAAACCUCUCAGAUACUACCAGCGGGAGUACUCCACAGAGCUGCAGCAAAUAUUCAACCUGAUGGAAGGGCUGCUCCAGUACGAUCCGAAGGAACGUCUAACGUGCUCCCAAGCUCUCAGACACCCCUUCUUCGACCAAUACAUUCUCAAGAGACGGAACAGUCCAAACUGAAGGAACGAAUAAGAACAUAAAAUCUUCUUGAUGCAGUGUAAACGUUACUGAGUCCACUUGACAGCAGACAAAGAAAACUGAGCUGGCUCAAAUGACUCCGAAUUGCAAUGUUGCUGUUGACAACAUAGGUUGUGACGAUGAAUAAAACAUUUUUGUGAUAAUUUGACAAGUCUGACAUCACGCGGAAGUUUCUUAAUUCAUUGUAUGACUCACCUUUUCUACAAUUUUCAAUUUUAAUGCUUCCUUGUUUUUUGCUUAACUUCCGACUGAACUUCUCAGAUUAAUGGGAGUGUAAAUAGUUAAUAUUGUCCCUGAUAUUAAUAACAUUUCUAACGUAAAUCAAUAUUGAUUUAACUUCUAAGUUAUAA